UACUGUAUCCUAUUGCAAAUGAAAAAGGCUCAGGCUGAAGUGAGAUUUAAAACUCUGAUUUCCAAACAUACUGAACUAUUGUAUGAUACUAUUUCUCAUUUACAGCUCAAUUUUUGUUUGCAGUGGAAAUACAGCUGCCCAGUUAUCUUGAAUUCAGUCAGCAUGGCCAGAUCCAUCCAUUGCUUUCCUCUUGGCUACUAAAAAGCAGAUGCAAAAAUCACAAGUUUUGAAUCUAUUUCCCAUUCUUCCAGGAAUAGGCCAGGAGACUGCAAAGUGUGCUUUUAUUCUUGAAGAACAGUUUUAGGUUUAGUUGCUCAUCAGACUUUGAAGCAGAUUUCACAAAUGGCUAGUAACAGUGAGACAUGCAGUUCUGUUGCAUCUUCCAAUAACAAUGCAUUUUAUAGAGAAUUGUGUAGGAAUCAGUCAGAAAAUCCAUUUAAAUCAGAAGCAUCAGGUGACACUCAGGAGCAACUCUUUGAGGAACCCACCUUUCAUGUACAAGUAAAUUAAUUUUCUGGCUCUCAUGAGUUCAAGGAUAGAUUUGAAACUGAUAGCUUCUGUCCCCUCUCCCCAAGUCAAGACUAUAUUGUUAUUUUAAUACUGAAAUAUUUAAAAAACAUUAGCAAUUUCCUAAUUUAAUAAGCAAAAGUUGCAGUUCUAAGUCUAUUUGUUCGAUGAGGGUAAGCUUCCAUUUGGACCUGGGAACCAUUUGUAAUGUUGAGAGAGCAUGUGGUAUGUGAUCUUGCAAAAUGGUUGCCAUGUUGGGAAGGGGCUGCAUAUUCACAGGAUGGCACCACUUAGCUCUUCACCUCUUUGUCUGACUUGGUCAAUAAUGUUUGUCAAAAGUCUGGACUGAAUUGGGGCAAAUUAGGGGAAAGGAGUGCAAAGCCUUGAUGUUUGUUCACUAGUGUGACAUCAUGGUUUAAUUACAUCUCAAUCAAUCUGUAAAAUCAAAAACUGAUUGAUUCACAUUCCCAUGGAUUUUAAAUUUCCCAUUAACAAUUAAAAAUGACGGAUUUGACUAGUUAAACAACUAUGUAAGUAAUCAGUCACUUUCCUAAUAGGAAAUUAAACAGGAUGUUUAGGUUAGGAAGCCCCACCUGUUGAGAUGUUCAAUACAUCCUCCGAGCUGCUUUGUAAGAUGUCAUAGAUCAAUAGUUCUCUUGCAAAUAAGAGAAGAAGAUAACUGAUCAGUACUUAUAUAACAAUGCAUACUAAUAUUUAAUAGGGCUUUGCGGUAUUUCAGAUUGUUGGAAAGAGGUACAUCGGAAUAUGCAAGAAAGCGAAUAUGGCACCCACCUACAACUCAUUUAAGCAGCUGCAUCUACUUCCAAGUUUGGAUAGGUGCUGUGAGGCUUCCAUGUCUAGAAACAGAUGCAGCUGCUUUAAUGAGUGAUGGAAAAUUGACAAUUCAUAUUCCCCUGCAGUCCAAAUGAUCUUUUCCAAAUUUAUGUAGCACAUAUGGAGUAAUGUAGGAGUUUUCCACCUGCUAGUUUCAUUUGAAGUGAAUAAAACUAUUGACCACCUCAUUUUAAAUGGAUACAUUUAUUUUUAUAAUGCUUUGAAAGAAUGUACAUUUAUUUUAAUAGUUUGCUUAUUUUAAUUAUGGGUGUGUGCAUAUGGGUAUGGGUGUCAUUCCCAACUGCUCUCUUCUGAUUCCUUUAGCUGUUUGAAGGCAUGAAGGCAUACCGAGGUGUGGAUGGCAAAAUACGCUUGUUCCGACCAAGACUCAACAUGGACAGGAUGUUGCGGUCAGCUGUGCGAGCAACUUUGCCAGGAUUUGAUAAAGAAGAACUUCUGCGGUGCAUCCAGAAACUGGUGGAAGUUGAAAAGGAGUGGGUACCAUAUUCGACCUCUGCUAGCUUGUAUAUCCGCCCUACUUUAAUUGGGACAGAGCCUUCUCUUGGAGUCAAGACGCCUUCAAGGGCCAUUCUCUAUGUGAUACUGAGCCCUGUGGGGCCCUACUUCUCAAGUGGGACCUUCAACCCCAUCUCCUUGUGGGCAGAUCCAAAGUAUGUCCGAGCCUGGAAAGGUGGGACAGGGGACUGCAAAUUGGGAGGGAAUUAUGGCUCUUCGAUUUAUGCCCAACGGGAAGCCAUGGAACUGGGGUGCCAGCAGGUUCUCUGGCUUUAUGGUGAUGACCAUCAAAUUACAGAAGUUGGGACAAUGAAUCUUUUCCUAUAUUGGCGAAAUGAAGAUGGAGAAGAUGAGCUGGCCACCCCACCUCUAGAUGGCAUCAUUCUUCCUGGUGUGACAAGGCAAAGCAUUUUAGAUCUGGCACGCAAGUGGGGACAAUUUAAAGUUUCAGAGCGAUACAUUACUAUGAAUGAUCUCACAACUGCUUUGAAGGAGAAGAGAGUGAAGGAGAUGUUUGGGGCUGGAACAGCUUGUGUUGUAUGUCCUGUUUCAACAGUACUGUACCUGGGUGAGAUUGCUUCUACUGUUGUAUUCCGGAACAGAAGAGAACAGAACUUGGUCUUCUUCUGUGUGGCAUCUUUUCAGAAUUUGCACAUUCCAACCAUGGAGAAUGGACCUCAAAUAGCAACCCGUUUCUGGAACCAGCUCAAUGAUAUCCAAUAUGGAAGAGAAGACAGCGAAUGGACAAUCGUGGUGUCAUGAAUGUGAAGGGCAAGAACAUUUCAGCCUUCUGCAACACAACAAAGCAGGCUGAAAUGCCACCUGAAUGAUGACCAGUUUUACUGUAGCUCUGUGUAGAGUAGUCUGUGUAUUAUCACUUUGUUCCUGAGCUGGGGAGUUGUGUCCACGUGCCAGGAAGUAAAUCUUAGGGCUAUCAUAACUAGGCUGCAAGAAUCAGGAUGAUCACUAAAUAGCAGUAACAAGCUUUCUUUCUGUAUCUCUUUGUUGCUAUAUAGUGGUCAAACAGAUUUUUGCAGGCCAGGUAAGGUAACCCUAGUGGACACAUUUUGAUCUUCUUCUGUGAUUUUGGUCUAGAAUAGAAAUCUGUCUUCUGGUGGAGGUGCUAGAUGUCAGCAAUAGAGACUUUCCUAACAGAUCCCUUGGUGUCCCUUCUAUCCUUGGUACAGUGGACAAUUGUGUUUAGAAGUUCUUCAACUGCUCUUCAUUGCAAACCAAAUACUCUUGGUCUUGUAACUUUUUAACCAGAUUGUUACAUGACUCUUUGCCAAAUGACUGAGAGUAAACCUUUCACUAUCUCCUUCUCAUCUGCAACCCUAGAAA